AUGGAAAAUAAAGAUGCUUAUGGAGAUAAAGAGCAACAAACAUACCAAUGCAGUAGCAGUUCGGACGAUGGUGAUUCAGUAGACUCAGAAGGCAAAAAUGGGGUUGAAGAUGUUCCUGCACAUGUUAUCAACGGAUAUCAGAUUUUGGACAUAUUAGAUGAAAUUGUGAAAGGUCGUGGUCCUAAUAUGUUCCAAAUACAAGGAGAGAACUAUCAUCUACUUGGUAGUUUGAAGCCUACAGACGGUGAUUUUCCAAAGUUUUCACAAUUGUAUAUUGUAGAUACAGAGAAUGAGGUUGAAAACAGAGCUGGCAUUCUGAGUAAAGCAAAAAAUUCAGGAAAAUAUAAAAAGAAACAGAAGUUAAGACAUGAAGUGAUUGCUGCUAUAAUCAAGAUGCUAGAUGCUGUGAACCCUUAUGUUGAAAACUUUAGAUCAGCUAAAGAGCGGCUAGAUACUAAUCCUGAAGAAAGUUUUCACAUGAGAAUUGUUAGUGAUCGUCAAAAAGACGGACAAAACUAUGAUGUAUUGACUUCAUCAGAGGUUACUGCAUUAAUUCCAGGAGACUUCCAUAUUGCAAUGCCUACUCGGGACAUUGUGAUUGAAGAAUCAGGAGAAUUACAAAGAAUAAGUGAAAUACAUUCAGCCUAUCUUGCUCUACAAUAUCCUUUGUUGUUUCCUAAGGGUGAUGAUGGUUAUAGACCAUGA